AUGGUUCAGCUGGUAAAGGAGAUUGAUGCCAAGCCUGGGGACCUGAGAUUCCAGGAUUACCAGAAAGAAAGCAAGCUGCAGGAGUCUCUACAGCAUCUAUAUGGAACCCAAGGGAAAUCCAGAAAGAGGGAUACAGAGUGUGGCAAGUACUCUUGGGUAGAUGCCAGCUUAAAGCAGCAGGACUCAAGGCCACUCAAUAAUAUCAAAACCCCCUCUUCCUCACAGAAAUAUGGUCCUUUCGGCAGAACCCUGCAAGGGGACCAAAUCCCAGCCUCGAGAAGAAAAUUUCCUUUAUCCGCCCAUUCCUACCUCAGAAGCCCUAGUUCCAGGGGGAGAAAGGCAAGUGCAGCCGCGCCAGGCAAAGGGGCCGUCGAAAGCUGCACGCGCAGAAAGGCAUGCCUAGGUCGCCCCCAUUUCUCUGUCCCGGGGCGAACAAGACUCAGAGAGGCUGACGGGCUGGCCAAGGUCACCGUGCUUGCUGGUCGGGGCCGAGGGGCGCCCGCGCCUACUUCCGGCUCCCCCUUUCGGCGGCGGCUCGGGGCGCCCGCUCCCCACCCGGCCCGCGGCCGCGCGCCCUCCGCGGAUGCUCGCACUCCGCUAACUAGGGCAACUGGAGUGCGCCGCAGGGACGGCGCUCUGCAGCGCGUCGCCCGCCCGCCAGCCCGCCCGGGAGCAGCCCCCAGCUGCCGCGCCAGGCCAGCAGGGGAACUCGGGGAAAAGUGGCAGCGGGAGAUGGGUCCCAGAGAAAGGAGAGCCCGGGCGGAGGGCGCCAGCUGCUCCCCGCCCCCUAGGGCCGCCGCGGCCGCGCGGCUCGUGACAGCUGCACCCACCGCGAGGCUCCCGCCGCCGCCACCGCCGCCGCCACUGCCACUCACCUGCCUCCGCCGCCGCCUUAGGGCCGUGCUCCCUGGCGCCGCGCUCGCUCGCGACUGUGGCGGCGCCGCCGUGGACUCCGCCGCUCCUCCGGCCGGGCACCCGUCCCCGGGGCCCAGGCGGCCCGCCCGCCGCCGCAGCGGCUCUCCGGCCCCCUCCUCCGGAGCAGGAGUCCCCCCCUACUUCAGGGGGAUGCAGAACCACCCCGGCGCAGGCUGUGCCUGA